UUAGUUUCGCGCCACUUCUAGAAGUGCAGGUUAAAAUUCAACAUCCGAAUCUCGCGUUUGGAAUUGAGCGUUUUUUGUUAAUUUAAUUGUCUGUUACUACCGGUUUUGCCACCUGAAGUACGUUAAUUUUCCUCCAAGAAGAACUCAGCAAUAAUAAAACCUUCAACAUGUUUCACGACAGUUCAAUGAGUGCAGGCUUCUACAAUGGAAACAACACUGGAACUCCCUCUAAAGCUAAAGGUGGCAAUCAAAACAGAAUGCAAAGUGUAGUACCAGUUUGCAUUCGACAGUUGAAAAGUAGUGCAAAUGAUGAAUUUGCACUCUUUGGGAUGAAGGCACAGAUAGUAUCAGUUGUUGGCAUUUUGAGAGAGUAUAAUGUGUCUACAAUUAAAGCUACUUACACUAUUGAAGAUAAUACUGGUACAAUUACAGCUGUCUUAUGGUUGGAUUCGGAUGCUUCUGAAACUGUGAGCAAUCUGCCACAGGUAAAAGAAGGUAGGUAUCUUAAAGUGUUUGGGUCUGUCAGGGUCAAUGAUGGUGAAAAGACAUUGCUUGUAUUGAAAAUGGUGCCUGUGGAAGAUCUUAAUGUGAUCACCACUCACUUGUUGGAAUUUAUUCAUGCUAGGUAUUCUGCUGAAAAGAUGAUUGGUGCAGGAAGUAAUAUGAACAAGACAGUGAAUAAUCCUGGUGCUGCUUUGGCCAACACAAUGAGUCUAAUGUAUGAUGAUAAUAAUCAAGGUGGCAGCUUCACUCCAAUUCAGUUGAAAGUGCAUAACAUUUUCAAGACUAAUAAUUCAAUGAAUGGAAUGCAUUUAAAUGCACUGCUUAGCAACUUUCCACAAGGUCAACAUCCUCAAGUACAUAAAGCCAUUGAGUUUCUUCAACAGGAAGGACAUAUCUACUCUACUAUUGACACUAAUCAUUUCAAAUCAACUGAUUAAUUUAAAUCCCUGUCAUUUUCUUUGAUGUGUUGUGUCUGGAAUACUUCUAAAUGUCAAAGUGAACAUUUAUUUUUUUAUAUCAGUGUUUAUUGUAAUAAAUUAUUUUUGCCAACA